AUGUCAUCGCAAACAGUGUCGGCCAAGAAGCAGCAAGGCAGCCAGUACAACAACUACAAGAACAGUCUCCAACAAAUAGCACAGAAGAUUGGAGAAAUUGAGCAAGAGUCAGAAGAGCACAAGCUUGUCUUGGAUACCUUGACACCUCUGGAUGGACAGAGAAAGUGCUUCCGGCUGAUUAACGGGGUGCUGGUUGAGAAGACAGUUGAGGAUGUCAUCCCUUUACUUAAAACCAAUGCGGAGGGACUAAAGAAGGUCCUCGAAGACUUGGUGAAGACGUACAAGGCAAAGGAAGGCGAGCUCGAGAAAUGGAAGAAGAAGAACAAUAUCCAAGUAGUACAAACAGCAUGA